UUGGGGAGGGGCUAGUGGGGCCGGGAGACGGCGCAGUGACAGGACCGCCGAGGGUGCUGCUGAGGCGACGAUGGCAGAGGGGCCGGAGGAAGUCCGAGGCCGCCCUCCUGGGCAGGACGACGGCGGAGGGGACCCCGAGCCCGUCCCUUCCCUGAGAGGCUCUCCCGCCGCCGCCCUACGCCCCCGGGACGGGCCGCAGGCCGAACCCCAGGCCCCGGGCCGGCCCCCCACCCCGGGCCUCGCACCCGCCGCGGUCGCCGCUGAGGAGUCGGAGCCGCCCGGCGAGCCCGGGAAGCGCGGGGAGACGGCCCCCGGCUCCAGUGCGGGGUUGCAGGAGCCGGCAGGCGGCGAGGCGCCCGAGGCCGCCGCGCCGCGAGACAGGCCGGGGCGGCUGAGCGCCCGCGAGUAUUCCCGGCAGGUGCACGAGUGGCUUUGGCAGUCCUACUGCGGCUACCUCACCUGGCACAGCGGCCUGGCCGCCUUCCCCGCCUAUUGCAGCCCCCAGCCGCCCCCGCCGAGCUACCCCUCGGGCGGUGGCGCCCCCGCCCCCCAGGCCGCGGCGCCGCCGCCCCUCCAGCUGGGCUAUUACAACCCCUUCUACUUCCUGAGCGCCGCGGCCGCCGGGCCUGACCCGGGAGCGGCUACCGGCGUCACCCCCGCUGCUCCGGUCGCGGGCCCGGGAGGCCGGGCUCCGCACGCGCAGGGAUCCGUCCGGGCAACCCCAGUGAGCAGGGUGGGAUCCGGCGCCCCUUCGCGCACCCCGAGCGAGACCGGGCGGCAGGCAGGCAGAGAGUAUGUUAUUCCAUCCUUGGCCCACAGAUUUAUGGCAGAGAUGGUGGAUUUCUUUAUUCUCUUCUUUAUAAAAGCAACCAUUGUCUUAAGUAUUAUGCACCUCAGUGGAAUAAAGGAUAUCUCCAAGUUUGCUAUGCAUUAUAUAAUAGAAGAAAUAGAUGAAGACACAUCGAUGGAAGACUUGCAGAAAAUGAUGAUUGUGGCUCUUAUAUACAGAUUGUUAGUUUGUUUCUAUGAGAUAAUUUGCAUUUGGGGAGCAGGUGGAGCGACCCCAGGGAAGUUCCUGCUCGGCCUUCGAGUGGUGACAUGUGAUACAUCUGUGCUUAUUGCGCCAAGUCGGGUUCUAGUGAUUCCUUCCUCAAAUGUGAGCAUCACAACGUCUACUAUACGAGCUUUGAUCAAGAAUUUUUCUAUUGCUUCUUUUUUCCCUGCUUUCAUCACACUGCUGUUUUUUCAGCAUAAUCGAACAGCCUAUGACAUUGUAGCAGGAACCAUUGUGGUAAAGAGAAAUGGGGUCAGAUGAUGCCCCAAAAAGCCCUGAAUUCCAUCCUCUCUGGAAUAACGACAAGACUAAAUUAUGUAUCAAGGCCAUCAGUAUCCCUGGGUUACACUAAUUGAUGAUUUAGAAAUUAAAGCAGUCACUCCAGGGUGAUGCAGGUGACUAUUCUGAAAGUAUUGAUUUUACUUGAAUGCCAAAGAACUUUUCCAGAAGAAAAACCUGUUAAAUUCAAGUGUUAAAAAUUUUUAGAUCGAAAAGAAGGCAAGUGGUUUUAUAAUCAACAACGGACAAUAUAUACUUUCUUAAGAUCUAAGGCUUUAGAAUUUGCUGAAAGCAUUUUCAGCUGUGAAAUCUCCAGAUGAAACUUUUAAGAAAUUUAUUUUGGUUUAUCCCAAAAUGAUGGGAAAAGUCAGUUGUGUUUUGUAAACACAUUAACUCAUCUUUUAACACUUCUUGGGGAAAUUGUUGUUUUUGCUUUUGGGGAGAGGGAGUGGGAACACAAAUUUGGUAAUCCAUUUGUCUCCCACCCUAGGAGGAGGUGAGUUAGCUGCAAGAGAAAGGGGCAGCAGAUGAGGCAGGCCUAGCAGUUCCCUCACCGGAAGUUUUCAGAUCCGUAGUACAGUGUAUUGUGGGAAUGAUGUCACUUUACAAGUAUUGUUACUGUUCGAACAUGUAUUUGGGGGCAAGUUUUGCAUGAUGAUGAAAAAGUAUUAAGUCCUCUUGCUAUAUUAUCAUUGAUUAUUUUUAAAGAAAAGGUAAGUUAGUGAUUGCUUUGGGGGGUGGGGGGAACCUAAAUUUUCACCGUAAAUUUAAGUUGAAAUUCACGUGCAAGUGUUUUUAGUGCCCUAAAUCAAACUAUAAGUAUGUGGGGUGAAAGGACUUCAUCAGGUCGUUGCAUAUUUACUGUAAAACAAUAUUGCCAGUAUGUGUGUGGCAUGAGGAAACGUGUUAGUGCUAUUCAGUGUCCUGAAUGUACCUUCUAUUUCUACACCAGGUAGUCACAUACUAGCUAGUUUCCUUUUAUAUUUUAUAUAGUUCCAUGACUUUUGAAACAUCAAGGAGGUAAAUAAUCUUAGUAUUUCAUGAUAAAAUACUAGUAGCCUGUGAAAUAUUAGCAUUUUUCCCAUUAUGAACUAUUCUUUCUAAAACAAGGACAAGUACCAUUUCCAGACAUUUUUCUAAGUUCUUUGGGUCAAAAGCUUAUUUUGGGCCUGCCGGGGAUGAUGUUUUGAGGGAAUUGUCUAGUAACGUAACACUUUGUGUAUUGCCAUUUUAAUUUAUUCUUCUACUGAAGCAAAGCUUAGUGUUUUAAAUGUGUGUGCAUGCUUUUGUUAAAUGGCCCAGUUAACAGUGUUGAGAUAUACCUGAAAAGUUUUAUUUCUUAGGCAUUUUUUCCAACCCUGACAUUGUUUUCCCAAAAAACACUAAACUGUCUUGGACACUUUGUAAUUAGAUUGCUUAAAAGAUCAGUCUGGACUUUAUUUUUGGUCUUUAAUAGCAAAUGCAAGACAUGUCUAUUAUCACUAUCAGUUUGUAAAGUGGGUUUUUCUUUGACUUUAAAACUGAAAAUAUUCACAUUUGAUGGCCAUAGAAACCUUAACAGUGUCCUUAUUAAUGCCUUUUUAUUGUAAAAUUUCAUAAGCCAUGUUUUUCAAAAUAAUUUUAUAUUAAAUCCAACAUCACUGAAAGCCUAUUAAGUGUGUCAAAGUACUCAACAGAUCAUUUACUUGUAGCCCCUGGGAAGAUAUUUGAAGUGUUACGGCCCUUCACAGUAGACAGACACAUUAGGAAAUGUUACAUAAACUUACCACUUAGUAGUGUAUACAUUAGCAUUAGUGGAUACACUAUUUUUGCCACUGAUGGGGAAUUCAAGUUGAAGUGUCCAUCAGCCAUGUAGCUCUGGAAUAGAUCUUUAAUGUAGAAUUUCCUCUCAGAUAAUUGGAAGGUUUACCAUCUAGGCUACUGUUAUUUAUAUAGCCAAACAAAAGCAAAUAAGUAGCCCAGUUUAAUUUCUUAGAAUAUUGCACAUUUGCUCUAGGAGUUACUCAGAAUCCCAUCUGUAUGUAGGUUCAUUUAGAUUCAUCUAAGGAUCCAAGUUAUACAGCCCUGUAAAAUGUAAGUAUUAUUACUACUUUGCCUUUACAACAAAAUGCAAGUGUAUUUGUAUUUUGAAUUCGGCACUUAGGAAAAGAGAGUUUGAUUUCCAAAUCAUUGGGGGGGAAAUGACAAAACAAUGGGGAAGAAGGGAGAGUCACUUUUUUUCUCUUAGGGUUGUGAGGGGUGGAGCCUCCGUCUUUUCAAAAACACUUUUCUAUUUAGUAUAUUUCAUUUAUAGAAAUGCUGAUUUUCUGUGUCAAAGUAUAAUUCCCAUGCUGAAGCUCUAGCCUAAAAAGGCAAAAAGAAAGUUGUUUUCAUAGUACUACAAACAUUAUUCAUCACUUUUACAAGAUAAGUAACAAGGGAACAAAAAUUAGAAGUCAAGCCAAGUAAGAACACUGUUGCAGUGAAUGUGCCCUAAAUAAAACCACAGAACAGGCAGUUAGCGUGGGCAUCUAGAAAACCUCGGUCCCCAGGACUACAGGCGGCCGGCUCGAGCGGCAGGUGCACCUUGAGAGAAGUCUGACGCACUAAUGUCCAGGCCGGGCUUAGGGAAGUAAACGGGAGGAUGGCAGGCCUUGAUUUUUAGACUAAGCUGUGACUAUAAAAAUAAAGCCAGCACUUUUUGGGAUAGCAACCCUUUAAAGUAUCGCCCAGCUGCUGCUUGUGUCGCCCUGGUUCAGAAGUCAUUUCUUUCCACCUAAACAUUUACCUUCCAGUUUUACCCAGAGAUUUAGGAUUAGAAAAAAAAAAUACAUUAUACUUGAGGGCCCCUUUAUCUAAAUUGUAACACUAAGUCUUCAGUGUUUAUUGCUUCAGAUGACAAGUUGUUUUAACUCUGCUUUAAAAGGACUUGUUCCCUUAAGUGACUUGUGUGGGUGUCUUACUUACGCAUCAGUAUUUCCGGCAAAAUGAAAGGAGAAAGGAGUUGAAACUACUUGCUACUUGGGAGUGGUGGGCUUUUUGAGAGAGAGGGGUGGGUAUUAAAUGUUUUCAUUCCACACUUAGCCCUAUUAAAACAGGCCAUUGUUUUCUUUUGAAGAAUAGGCCCAAAUAACAGCAGUCAGUAUUCCUGAAAUCUGACAAGUACUUGCCGUUCCCCAUCCCCUAUACCAAAGGCCACCAUCUUUCCAGUAUGUGCUUGUCUGGGUGAAGUUCCUCAUUCCAAACUAUGUAUGUAUAUAUCCUCGCAGUUCAUUAUAGUAGGACUUGACCCACAAACAGUAUCUGAUGGCCUGCCUAUAAAUAAAAUUCAGCAUUCUAUUUUUAAUAAUUUGUAUGCCACCAAUUUGUAUUCUUUGUCUCAAUAAAUACUUGAUCACCAA